AGCACCUCAAAGCUCAAAUCCCUUCGCCUUAUCCCCUCCGUUCUCCCUUUGCCUUCCCUCUCUCCAAUGGCGACCUCCGCCAUGUCGCUCGCCAUGGCCGCGGCCACUGACCUCCACCAGGCCUUCCGUCCCCACCACAAGCUCGCUCCGCCCGCCUCGGCAUCCUUCCCGCUCCUCUUCUCCCGCGCGCCGCUGCUUCGCUCGGCGCGCGCCGGCGUGCCGCUCGCGCCGCUCCUCGUCGCCUCCUCCGACGCCGCCGAGGCCAGCCUCGACUGGACGGAGUCUUCCGACGCGGAGGACGACGAGCCGGUGGUGGAGGAGGAGGAGGAGCCCGUGGCGGAGGCGGCGGCGGAGUACGCCGCGCCGGAGGUCCCGCCGCCAGAGGAGGCCAAGGUUUACGUCGGGAAUUUGCCGUACGACGUCGACAGCGAGCGGCUCGCGCAGCUGUUCGACCAGGCCGGCGUCGUCGAGGUCGCCGAGGUCAUUUACAACAGAGAGUCAGGCCAGAGCCGUGGUUUUGGGUUUGUUACCAUGAGCACUAUUGAGGAAGCUGACAAAGCUAUCGAGAUGUUCAACCGCUAUGACAUUAGUGGAAGGCUUCUGAAUGUAAACAGGGCAGCUCAAAGGGGCUCUCGAGUGGAGAGACCUCCUCGACAAUUUGCUUCUGCUUUCAGGGCUUAUGUUGGGAACCUGCCAUGGCAAGCUGAAGACUCUAGGUUGGUGCAAUUGUUCAGUGAGCACGGGGAAGUACUCAAUGCUACGGUGGUGUACGAUAGAGAAACUGGACGUUCGCGAGGAUUUGGUUUUGUAACUAUGGCUUCAAAGGAGGAACUCGAUGAUGCUAUUUCUGCGCUCGAUGGACAGGAGUUGGAUGGCCGCCCACUCCGAGUGAAUGUUGCAGCGGAGCGACCGCAGCGAGGGUUUUGAUGCGGCUGAGAGCAGGAAUGUUACAAUUUUUCUGCAGAAGCCGACACUUAUAAACUCCGCAGUAGCCUCCUGAUCUGCCUUUUAUGCAUCUCUUUGCUGCUAAUGUUAUUAUAUUAAUUUCUUGUCAACACCAUGAGUUUAAACAUUUCGAGUAGGAUGCUGUAACGAUGCCCUUGGUGUAUCUAUAUUUCUGUUUUCUCCGGAUAAUCUAAGGCUCGAUUGGUAAUGCAAAGGGCAGAAUGCAUGCCGGGCGUCUCCCCUUGCAAA